ACUUUGUGUAAAAUUGUUUAUCUUUUUGCGGCCGAUUGUUGUUUGUAACAUUGUAUUGAAAUUGAAUAUUUUGGAGUUUACAGCUUAUUGUUGGCUUUAAGUUAAGAGGAUACCUAAUUGGUAGUGAAACCUUGAAUUUCGUCACGUUCCACGUUAAAAACCGGUACUAUUAAAAUCUACUUGCAUACAAUUUAACUCGUAAGCCUUUUGACAAAAUAUAUCCGAAAUUCAAGUGGACGUUUGACCUUGUAACUUAUCAUUUUCAUUCAGUACAUGAUUAUUUAUCAUUCUGCACUCAGUACAUACUACAUAAGUGUAAUGCUACAUCGGUCGAGCGGCACGAAGUAUUAAAAGUUGAUUAAAAUUUUUUGUCAACAUACCCAAAAUGGUUACGGGCGCGCUAUUAAAAUCUACAAAAUCUAGCCUGUGCUUGCUGCAAUGUAUGAAGACUUUGGCAGCUCAAAGUCGCAGCUUCACCAGCCAGCUAAAUGCUCAACAGCUGGCUAUUCAAGAAUUAACUAGAAAUUACACCAAUGACCACCUGAAACCCAAUGCGUCCAAGUUGGACUUGCAAGGCCUUUUCCCAUUUGAGGAGAUAAGACAGCUGACUAAACUCGGUUUAAUGGGCGCAUGCGCCGACAAAGAGUAUGGUGGCCUCGAUUUAGAUUACCUGUCACUAACCGUGGCAGUGGAGGAGAUAUCGCGAGGCUGCGCCAGCACCGGCAUGGUGAUGUCAAUACACAACUUCCUCUACGCCAACCUGGUUAACGAGAGAGGCACGCCUGAACAGAAGGCGCAGUUCUUGGCCAAUUUCACUAAAGGAGACAUUGGGUGCUUCGCUUUGAGUGAGCCUGAGGCGGGUAGCGAUGUAGCGAACAUAAAGACCACGGCGCGACAAGACGGUGACUACUGGAUACUGAACGGCAAGAAGAGCUGGGUGACGUCAGCGGUGGAGGGCGCAGCCACUGUCGUAUUCGCUACCUUCGACCCCGCACUGCGGCAUAAGGGGCUUGCUUGUUUUCUGGUUCCGUUGGAUGCUGAGGGCGUGUUCAGGGGAAAGAAGGAGCCGUUGAUAGGUGUGAGCGCCGUCCUCAGAGCCGCCACGGCGUGCGACCUGACGCUGGAGGACGUUCGCGUGCCCGCCACGUGCCUGCUGGGGCACGCGGGCGAGGGGUUCCGCAUCGCCAUGGAGCAGCUCGACCAGGGCCGGAUCGGGAUCGCUGCGCAUGCUGUUGGUAUCGCACAGGCAGCGCUGGACACUGCUAUCAGUUAUGCCAAAGAGAGAAAUGCUUUUGGGAAAACUCUAACAAGACUGCCAUCUGUAAAGGACAGGUUAACAGACAUGUGUAUACUAGUGGAGACCGCGCGACUGCUCACGUACAGAGCGGCGACGGACGUGUGCACGAAGAACAGUUCCAUGGCCAAGUACGUGGCGGGCCGUAACGCGGCCGCCGUCGCCGACCACUGCGUGCAGAUACUGGGCGGCAGGGGACUGUCCACCAAGUUCGACGCUGAGAGACAUUUCAGAGACGCCCGGGGCACUCAGAUAUACGGCGGAGUUACAGACAUACAGAAGCGCCUCGUCGGACACUAUCUACUGAAAGAGCACAACGCCCUCUGAUGGACCAGCACGGAACUAAGUUAAGUCUCUUUAAAAAAUCAGCCCCCAUAGCCAAGUGGCACGGCGAUUCUUUUUCUACGAUCGCUAACGCUUCGAAAACUAGAAAAAGGACAUGGUCCAUUUCAGGUCCACUCUUGUACCUGGUAUCAUUAAAAUGUAAAAAAUACAAAGAUUUUACUACAAUCUAAAUGAGUGAAUAAGUCUAACUAAAUAUAAAGAAAUAAAUAAUAUUAAAAUCCAAGUUUUUGAGUUUUAACAAGAUGGCGCCCACAGAGCAACUAUGACUUGACAAUUGACAACAAACGUCAUAUCGACUACUUCAUUGAAAACGUCAUCAAUCCGCAAACCCAUAAUAGUGUUGUAUAUCUUGGGAUAUAAUGAAUAUUAUUUCGAAAUAAUUAACGUAAAUUCGUAGAUUUGUAUAAUCAAUAAUAGUUUUAAAAAAUAUUUUCUUUUAUUUUUGCCAGGGUACAAUGACUAAUCCUGGACUCCAUACAAUUUUGGACCAUCUCCUUUAUGGGAAUGGCAGAUCUUGAUCACGUGACCUGUCGAUAGCGAAUGUCAUUCCCAUACAUUUUUCUAGUUUGUGCGACUUGGCUAGGGGGGCAGGCACGCCUGGAUACUAGCGGUAGUGUCUGUUUAUGAAAAAUAUAAAUACACUGGACAGCUUGUUCUGGAAAAUAUUAAUAACAUGGCAAAUCCUAAUGCCAAGGACUCGGACCACCUUUUAUUGUACCUUUUAUUGUAUCGCACUCAAAUUCACCAACAAAAUUGUCUGUCGUUUUUUGAGGGAGAAAAGGUAAACACACACAUCGAAAAUAUGUAACACCAAUAAAUAUUCUGUGUCUUUACAUUACACACUACUAUAUGUCGCAGAAAACGUAGAGUCAUUAAUAAAAAUGUGGACAGAACCGCUGACCUAACCUCGGCCAUCGGCUCUGUCAUUUAUAAUAGGUACGUAACGCAUAAUCGCAAGCACAUCGAGCAAGUUCCAGGACUUGGGUUUUAAAGACGCCUUUUAAAACUAGUAAACUCACCAAGGUGGAUAGAUGAUAUACGAACAAUAGCAGGAAAUGAUUGGAUAAAGAAAGCUAAAGACAGAGAGGUUUGGAAAAAGCUGGAGGAGGCCUUUACCCGAGAAGGGGUUCCGAUCAAUGGUAACGAAGAAAGCGACAGCAAUUAAUAUAUUAAUGCAUUUUUUUUUUUUUUUUUAGUUUACAAUAUUGUUAGUUUUUAAGUUUAAAAAUUGCUUGUACGUUAUGUUAUUUUUUUAUUUGGAUUGGAAAUAAACAGGCUUAUUAUUAUUAUUAUAAACUCACCAACCCUGCCCGACAUUUUCUACAUGCCCACAGUAAACAAUUUAAGCUCAAUGAUUAUUUACAUUACGAAACAUUAUCGAACAAAAUCAUAUUUUAAAUCGUAAUACACACGUGUCAUUCCAUAGAUUUGACAACAUCGAUUCUAUAGAUGCAGUUUGUAUGAGCACGUUUGAUCAUGAUCAUAUCAUUUUAACAAAGGCCUCAAUAACUCAACGGUAAGAGCGGUCGGACUCAUCACAGAGGGGUGGUGGUCCGAACAUUACCCCGUUUGUCUAUUGUCGUACCCACUCCUAAUACAGUAUUUCUCGACUGGGAGGGCAAUGGGAAUAUUGGUCAUUUUGAAAAGAUAUGGCAAAUAUUCUAUAUAAAAAAGGGUAACCUCUAACGAGGCAGGUCCUAUAGAAGGUCUGGUCUGGUCUGAAGCCAAGUAGCAUCACUGUUUGACAGUUUGACAGGUAAGUUUGUCAAUGAAAUUAGAGGCUUUUUGUAACAUAUAAAGAGACUGUGCAUAGAAAGAGGCUGUGCUAUAGGCGAUGGUUUUCAAUAUAUCGUACUAUCAAGUAAAUGUCAUAGAGUUUUAGCAUUCGUAAUUAUUUUGGAAUAAUGAAGUGAAGUAUCGAAACAUGGUUACCUUUUAAAUUAAUGUUCAUUUCAAAAAGAUGUGUAUUUUGACUCUAACGAUGAAAUAACCGAAUAUUUUUAGAAACUGCUCAAAAUGAACGAAUUUAAAGAUGAAUGCAGUUUAGGCGAUACAUAGUUUACAUUUGAGUAAUGUUUACUUAGUAUAUCAACACCUCCGCACAUUUUUAACCGACUUCAAAAAAAGGAGGAGGUUCUCAAUUCGUCUGUAUGUAUUUUUUUUUGGUUUAUGAAUUUCUAUGAAUGAAUUUAAGAUAUUAUUUUUAUCACAUGUCACGUCACGCACAGUUUUGUAUGUGUAGGUGAAGGUGCUAAUUAAAAUAAAUAAUAUAUGUAUAUGUACUAUAUGUAAAAAUAAGAUUGUUACAAAUUACAAUGUUUAUAUUUGUUUUUUUUUUAAUAUAAAACUGCCAUUCAGAUGUGUAGUUAUAUAAUAAUGACAAUAAGGUGUUAUGUAAUAAGUAUCAUUUAUUGUAUUAAAUUUAUAAAUGGCAUAAUAUAUUUAUAUAAUAAACCUAAUUUCGAAUAUAAUACGUAUUUUCAUACUUUGUAUACUUUACAUGGAUUAAGAAAGAGAAUGAGUUACAGUUAUUUUAUUUAUAAACAUAACUCACUGUCGGUUAAUUAUAUACUAAUAAUACAGAUAAUUGACAACUAUCUGUAUUUUUAGUAAAAAAUUAACCGAGAUUAAAGACACUUACGUACAGGUAUUAAUUUUAAAUAUUUUACCUAAACAAACUAAAAAUACAUAAAAUUUAAAUCUACUUUAUUAAUAAAAUAGUCUCAAUCGACGUUGAAUAGCUUUUAGGAUCAAUCAAGAAGGCCAGUAAUGUUACUCGCAGCAAAUAAAUCAAUUAAUUGUAUGAACAAAAAUAACGUCUACAUCUCGACUCUUUUGGAAAUUUUAUGAUCAGUGAUCUUGUUUGAAAUAAUUUUGGUAUAGUUUUCUGUCACUGCUAACAUCUUUAUUUCUCUUUGUUAGCAACCAUUCUUUCCCUCAUCCUUUUCAUCCAUAUAUUCGAUAUCAAUAAAGACUGAAAUCCUACUUCAUUCUAACUACUACAAGUGAUUUUGCAUUUUACUAAUUUUCAGUUCAACUGUUGUACCGAUUUUGAAGAAGAGAUACGAAUAGACUGUUCAAAGGCCAAAAAAUAUUGAUUUUUGCUUUAUUUUUGCGCAAACAAUCCUUGUGUUAAUUUUAUUAAUGCAAGUACUUAUAUGCAAGCUAAGUUUUUUAAAGAUAAAAAUUAAACAGGGCAUUAUAUUUUGGUUAAUUUGUUUGUUAGUUGUUAUUUGUAAGUAAAUUUAAUCAAAAGCAGCUCUUUUCUCUCAAAAUCCAAAGGCUGAGAGGCAUUUGUAAUAUAUGUUAAGCUUACUAAGCAUUCCACUAUUAAUAUUUCUACUUACUUUUUAUUUUAUUUAAUGUAAACCUUUAGGUUUCACUACCCAUUAUUCUGUCGCCUAUAAAAACACGUUAUAAA